CCGAUAAUGAAGCCAACAGCCAGUGCCUAUCGGGAUUCUGAUGGGGUUGGACCAUAACCGCAACUUCGUUUAAGGAAGGAUCGAUCAAUGGUGCAGCCCACAACUGGCUUUAUUGUUCAAAGUUCCUUGGUCUUUCCGUCUCGCUUGUCGUCAUCUGAGAGCAAUUCCCCUCUCGUUCAAGCGUUCCUUUCUCCACAAGACGAUCCUCCCGCGCCCCUUAUUGUGGACGGUAUUUCUCGUGGUGGAAGCAGCACUCCUGGCCAAAUUAUCUCUACCAUGUUCAGCUUUGUUUGCGGAAAGAAUGUCAAUCUGUUCUGGAUCGCCACAUCCUGUUUGGCAGUCUGGUUCCUCUUUUGGCAUACACCCAUCUUUUGGAAACAGCGCCAAGUGAUACAAAUCCGUGACGCUUUGCUUGCGGUUCAUAUUGUAGGCGCAGGCACAAUCUACAUGGCAUGUGUGCACAACUGUCUCGUCACACCUUCUUUGAGUUCCACGGCCAAGUUCUCCCACACAUGGAUCGGCCGAUUGGGCCUCGUCUCGGGAGUGGUUAGUUUUGUGUUGGGAGCCUACUUGGCAUGGUCCCGAUUGACAAGUGAUCCAACCACGGUAGGAGGAACCACCUUGGGAUUUGCCAUUCCCAUUACGAUUGGCGGUCUUCUUCAAAUCCUGUCCGAAGUCAAGGGAUUUCGUGCCAUUCGUGAGUAUAAACGAAUUCGGCAACAGCUGGAAGCAACAACAUCGUUGACUGACAUGAAGGAACUGGAGGAAAAGAAAUAUGCAGCAAUCUGCACUCAUAUUGGUUGGAUGGUGAGUCUAUUUGUCAUGGCGUGUAGCGUUCCUGCCGGGAUGCGAUUGGCGUCUACGAUUGCGGGCCGGGAAGAUGGUGUCCUCGCUACGGUGCUGAUAUUUUCCAUUAUCUUUGUCCUCAGUGCCAUUGCAACACGCUACGUCGAACACAUGAUGCCCAAAUCACCCAAAGGACAAGACGACGAAUACAUGGGGCUGGGACAACCAACACCGCCCCCUCCGUAUGGUGCCGUGUCCGAUUCUUAGCUUUUUUCAUGACUACUCACUACUAGAUAGUCCAAACAUGUCAUUGUAGAUUGUGUUUUUGUUCAUCCGC